AUGAGGAGCGAGCGGGAAACGCCGGCGUCCGUACUCAGGGGCAACCGGGAGAACCGGAGCAAUGACCGGAAGAGCAGGGAGGUGGAAGUAGGAGGGACGGCGGGCACCAUGAAACAAAGGGAGGAGAGGAAGGCGGCCCUCAGCAAGGUGGUAAUUCGUCGCCUUCCUCCCAGCAUCAGUAAAGAACAAUUAGAAGAGCAACUGCAUCCUUUGCCUGCACAUGAUUACUUUGAAUUUUGCACUGCUGAUCCAAGUUUAUACCCACAUCUCUUUUUCUAGAGCCUAUAUUAAUUUUAGAAAUCCAGAUGACAUCUUUCUGUUUAGAGACAGGUUUGAUGGAUUUAUCUUUAUUGACAGCAAAGGUCAGGAGUAUCCUGCUGUUGUCGAAUAUGCACCUUUUCAGAAGAUUUCCAAAAAGAAAUUGAAAAAAAAAAAGACACAAAGGCUGGAAGUAUUUUAGAAGACCUAGAGUACAAGAAGUUUUUUGGAAAACUAUUGUGCAGAUGAGGAAAAAAUCUGUGCAAAUCCAGAGACCCUUCUGGGAGAAAUUGAAGCAAAAACAAAGGAACUCAUUGGUCUGUUCUGCAUGUGUGCAGUAUGCUCUAGCAUCAUAGUUAGCUGUGUUGUGUUUGUUAAUAAGGAUUAG